AUGAUUUUAUUUUCAGAUAGCAACUUCGUGUUGGGGAAUGCGCAAGUGCCAUCGUACCCCAUCGUGUACUGUUCGGAUGGGUUCUGCGAGCUGACAGGCUGGGCCCGGGCACACAUUAUGCAGAAGGGCUGCGCGUGUAAGUUCCUGCAUGGACCCGACACGAGAGAAGAGCACCGCCAUGAAAUCGACGCGGCCUUGGACUCAAAACACGAGCUUAAGCUUGAGCUCAUAUUCUAUAAGAAAAAUGGUACACCGUUCUGGUGCCUGCUCGAUAUCGUCCCAAUUAAAAAUGAAAAACGAGAAGUGGUUUUGUUCCUCGCCUCGUUCAAGGAUAUCACCAACACCAAGAUGGCCGCCAUGAACACUAAUGAGGAGUUCGACAGCGGAGCCGCGGUGCGGCCUUCGGCUGGUGUGGUCACUCUAGCGUUAUCCCCAUUUGUACCCGCAGCGGCACUUUUGGGCGCCCGGUUCCGAGCUGAAUCUAGUUGCCUACUUCCAGACCCGAAUGGCAAUCUUGAUCCCGAAGCGCCCUCGCCCGCGAACAUGGGCAGACGGCGCUCCCGGGCAGUACUUUACCAGCUUUCAGGACAUUAUAAGCCAGAUAAGACGAAGAGUAAAUUAAAACUCAACAAUGUUAGUAAGAACCUUCUACACUCAUCCGAUCCUCCGCUGCCUGAAUACAAAACGUCGGCAAUAAAAAAGUCAAGGUUUAUUAUAUCACAUUAUGGCGUUUUUAAAACCUUCUGGGACUGGCUGAUCCUUAUAGCCACAUUUUACGUUGCUGUUGUGGUUCCUUAUAAUGCCAGUUUUGUUGAUGAGGGCCACCCAAGAAUUAGUGUGACGAGUGACGUCGUUGUAGAAGCUCUAUUUAUAAUUGAUAUUUUGCUCAAUUUCCGGACAACUUUUGUAAGUAAGAAAGGAGAAGUAGUGUCAGAUUUUAAAGCAAUAGCCCUUAAUUAUAUCCGGAGUUGGUUUAUAGUGGAUCUCUUGGCCGCCCUUCCUUUUGACCUACUUUACGCUUCAGAUGUAUACAGCGGAACGGAGUCAACCCAUGGAAAUGUUCACCUAGUUAAGUUGACGCGGUUAUUACGACUGGCCCGUCUGCUUCAGAAGAUGGAUAGAUAUUCGCAGUAUUCAGCUCUUAUAUUGACCCUUUUGAUGUUGUCCUUCAGUCUGGUUGCGCAUUGGCUGGCUUGUAUAUGGUUCAUAAUAGCGGAGAAGGAGAUUGACUAUCACAGAAAUGAAAGUUGGGACUUGGGUUGGAUCAAUAAUCUAGCGGAGCGGUUGAAAGUGCCGAUCGGAAACAUAUCACACAGUGAGAGCUAUGUAACGGCACUCUACUUUACUUGCUCUUCGCUCACCAGUGUUGGCUUUGGAAACGUUUCAGCAAACACUUUGCCUGAGAAAAUUUUCAGCAUACUCACGAUGUUGAUUGGAGCGUUAAUGCACGCUGUAGUCUUCGGUAACGUAACAGCUAUCAUACAAAGGAUGUACUCCCGUCGGUCGAUGUACCAAACCAAAUGGCGGGAUCUCAAAGACUUCCUCACGAUCAACCAAGUACCAAAAGAACUGAAACAGCGCAUGCAAGAUUACUUCCAAACGAUGUGGUCACUCAACCAUGGCAUUGAUAUCCACGAGACUCUCAAAGAAUUUCCGGAAGAGCUCAGAGGGGAUGUUUCGUUACACUUGCACCGGGAGAUAUUAUCUCUUCCAAUAUUCGAGACAGCUUCCCAAGGUUGCCUCAAGCUACUAUCACUGCAUAUCCGUAACAAUUUUUGCGCCCCGGGGGAGUACCUUGUCCACAAAGGAGAUGCGCUUACUUACAUUCAUUAUAUAUGCAACGGUUCCAUGGAGGUUAUGCAAAACGAUAUGGUAGUCGCUAUUCUUGGGAAAGGGGAUUUGGUGGGAUGUGAUAUGAAUGCCCACUUACAAGUCCACAAUGGAACUGGCUCAUCGCAGCAAAACAACCCUGACGUAGUUGUGAAAUCGAGCAGCGAUGUAAAGGCUCUAACGUACUGUGAUUUAAAAUGUAUAAAUAUGAUUGGACUAGCUGAAGCGCUGAGGCUGUAUCCCGAGUAUCAACAAGUGUUUAUUCACGAUAUACAUCACGAUCUCACGUACAACUUAAGAGAGGGUUACGAGGCUGAACAGGAAUCCGAUGGGAAUGGACACCCGUCGUUGACGCUACCGUCUAUUUCAGAAGACGACGAAAAUGCUGCCGAGGAGCAUGCUCUAUCACCGAAAAAGCCUUUAUUAUCUAGUAACAGUCCAAGGCAUACAAAGUUUAGGCCAGAUGCUCAGCGUCUAACGCAUAGAGAAUUACGAGAGAGAAUAGAGAGGCAACGCUCCGUGGCAACACCUAAGAUAACUCGAGCUGAUUCUUUGGAAGGCCUUAAUUUAGAAAUGUACAACACACGCUCGUCAGUGGACAGGCUCGACACACAAGUAUCCAGCCUACAUCAUGAUGUCGCUGCUCUUAGUAUAGAGGUUCGUAACGCAAUUCAAGCUUUACAAGAAAUGACGGGUCCAGUCUGGCAUGCAGCUCAUUCAAAUCCCAAUCUGCAGUGGAACUCCCCACCGAACCAAUUGGCGCGUAGUUGCAGUCAUCCUCCGGAUGUUUUUUGCUGGGAUCAGCAAGAGCGGCCGUUUAGUCCUGAUCGACCGAAAAUAAAUCGAAGCACGCAAACUGAACCAUUCCUGCACAGUGUUACCCAGUACAUAAUGGAGCACCCAGCCACUGUGAUGCUCCUUCUGGGUAUAGACCCGAUGGCCAAUUUGGCACCAGUAAUACAACCAACUGUCGAAUACUACGAUCCAAGAAGUCGCAGGCCAAGUGUUUUAGAGCAGAUCGCUGAAUCUGAAAACGGAAGCCAAACCCCGUCGAGUUCAGCCAGCGACAAACCUGAACAACACACGAGAAGUCCCAGUGGAAGUGCUAAGGAUCUUGAUCUACAGCCAGAAGUUAAAAGGUUAUUAGAAAAAGACAAAAGUGCAAGUUUAAAGAGAAAUAGAUACUCUGCCAGUGAUCUUUAUGAUGUGACUGAACGAUUGCUACCAUCAAAGACUUCGCAUCCCAGUACUUACAGUCUUAAAAAUAAUAUAAACAGUUAAGUGAUCAUAAUUCCAAUCUGCUCAUUAGUCAAUAGUUUCAAGUGGACUCUGUGUUAUUAAUGUUACUUCGAAAUCAAGGGGGCACUCAUCUGAUCGCUUAUCCCAAAUAUAAAAUAGCCGUUAAAAAGCGUGUUGCUUUAUCAACGAAAUGGUAGUUGUGUAACUUCAAAUGCAUAUUAACAAAUGUACAUAUCAAACUAUUUAUGUAAAAUGACUUCAUUAUUUAGCAUUAGUUAUUUAUUAAUUUAUCUAGUCAUGAAUUGUAGAAAAUAAGAGAGCAGAGCUGAUUCUUUAUAGAUGUCCAAACUCGUUCGUUUUCAUUUUCAACUAGCGUAUUAAACGAUAAACCGUCAAAUUAAGACCUAUGUGAUAGUUAUUCACUGAUCUCUAUUUUAUUACCAUAAUAUGUUGUCCAUAGACAAAUAAUACAUUUUCUCCC